CGUGCGCAUGCGCUGCUGGUAUCGCGAUCCCGAAGUGCAGAAAAUAUCUUGGGGUGCGGGAAGAAGCGCCCCCCGAUCUAUCAGCCGGGUCCGGAUAGGAGAAAGCAGCCGUCGGGAUGGAGGAGCUGCUCUUACUCCCCGGAGAGUCAGUUAAGGACAUCGCCAAAGACGUUACGUACAUCUGCCCAUUCAGCGGCGCAUAUCGGGGGAGCUUCACCGUCACCAAUUACCGACUCUAUUUCAGAAGUCUGGAAAGGGACCGACACCUCGUCCUGGAUGCCCCUCUUGGAAUUAUAAGUAGAAUAGAGAAAAUCGGCGGAGCUGCCAGUCGUGGCGAAAAUCCCAAUGGCAUCGAAAUUGUCUGCAAGGAUAUGCGGAACAUCCGAUUUGCCUACAAGCAAGAUCUGCGCACGCGUAAAUCUGUAUUUGAGAAUCUCGUGAAGUUUGCCUUUCCAUUAAAUUACGGCUUGCCUCUCUUUGCCUUUGAGUACAAAGAAGUGUUUCCUGAAAACGGCUGGAAGGUCUAUGACCCGAUCCAGGAAUACAGGCGGCAGGGCAUCCCCAAUGAAAGCUGGAGAAUUACCCGGGUGAACGAGCGAUACGAGUUGUGCGAUACUUACCCAGCAUGCUUGGUUGUGCCGGCAAAUAUCUCCGAUGAUGAACUGAGGAAAAUAGCAGCUUUCAGGGCGCAGGAUCGGAUACCGGUGCUGUCAUGGAUUCACCCUGAAAGCCAGGCUGCUAUAACCCGGUGUAGCCAACCCCUGCCAGGAGUCAAUGGCAAGAGAAGCAAAGAGGAUGAGAAGUACCUGCAGUCAAUCAUGGAUGCCAACGCUCAGUCCCACAAAGUCUUUAUCUUUGAUGCAAGGCCUAGUGUUAACGCUGUGGCAAAUAAGGCUAAAGGUGGGGGGUACGAGAGUGAAGACGCCUAUCAGAACGCAGAGCUAGUGUUCCUGGAUAUCCAUAAUAUUCACGUGAUGAGAGAGUCACAGAGAAAACUCAAGGAGAUCUCAUACCCAAGCAUUCAGGAGGCAAACUGGCUGUCUAACCUGGAGUCUACCCACUGGCUGGAGCAUAUCAAGCUGAUCCUUGCCGGUGCCUUAAGGAUUGCCGACAAAGUGGAAUCGGGAAAAACGUCGGUGGUGGUGCACUGCAGCGAUGGCUGGGACCGCACUCCCCAGCUCACUUCCCUGGCCAUGAUAAUGCUUGACGGCUACUACCGCACCAUCCGAGGCUUCGAAGUGCUUGUGGAGAAGGAGUGGGUCAGCUUUGGGCACAGAUUCUAUCAGAGAACCGGACACGGUGAUAAGAAUCACGCAGACGCCGACAGGUCACCCAUGUUCCUGCAGUUCAUUGACUGCGUUUGGCAAAUGACCAGGCAAUUCCCAAAUGCCUUUGAAUUCAAUGAGCACUUUUUAAUCAUCAUUCUGGAUCACCUCUAUAGCUGCUUGUUUGGAACAUUCCUCUGUAACUGUGAGCUGCAGAAACUCAAAGAGGGGGUCGUGGAAGAAUCCGUCUCUCUCUGGUCCUUCAUCAACAGCCAGCUGGAGGAUUUUAUAAAUCCACUGUAUGUGAACUACUCCAGCCAUGUCUUGUACCCAGUCACCAGUACCCGCAACUUGGAACUAUGGGCUGGAUACUAUAUACGCUGGAAUCCUAGAACAAGACCACCGGGCGCCAUCAACAGCCGCUACAAAGUUCUACUGGCCAAGCGCGCGGAGCUCCAGAAACGCUUGGAAGAGCUACAGCGAGAGAUCAGCAACCGCUCAACCUCGUCGUCCGAUAGAGGAAGCUCCCCGCAGCCCAUCACUUCCGUGCAAACCGUGGUAUAACCUGGACAGUUCUUAGUGGUGGCACUUUGUACCUAGUCCAGCGGUGGGCACUUGGGAGAAGCUCCAGCGAGGCUCUUCAGCUGGAACCACUGAUUGGGAAGCCUUGGUGCUGGCCUUGCCAAGUCUAAGCUAUUCAUUUCGCAUUUAUUCUGUGCCCCCUUGCAUCAGUCUCCAACUGGGUAACACUAUAACUAUAUCAGUAUUUAGUGAACGCUAAUUAAAAAAAAAAAAUUAUAAUAAUUAUUUAUAAAUUUCAUGUAAUUUAAUGUUGCACUGCUGCCGGAUAUUACUGACGCACUCUACUCAAGGCUGUUUGUAUGUGAAACUAAUGCUGCAUGGAAUAUAUGCUAGUAGGUUAGGUUACAUGAAGCCAUUAUACAGUAUGGGGGCAAUGUAAUACAAGACACUAAAGUUUGCCCAGGUGCAGUAACCUAUAGCAACCAAUCAGUUGGUAGCAUUUAUUGGUCACCUGUUCUUAUUGGUUGCUGAGUUACUGCCCCAAGGCAAACUUAGUGCCUUUUAUUACAUAUGGGAGUAUAGCUUUAAAGAAGGAAAAGUAUAGUCACUGGGGGGGGGGCUAAUAAAUUGGAACUCCCGCCCCACUGAUUAUACUGUUCCUUUUUCUUUAACAGCCAAAACUGUGUAUGUUUAUAAAAUGACAUGGAAAAUAUUUAUUCUUGUAUAAUUCCAGUGUGAUUAUUUUGAAGCACAAUUAUUUUAAAAUAAUAAUGCUAAACUACUAAAGAGAAACCAUUAAAGGCCUUACUUAUUUAUUUAGUAUUACAGAAUGCAGGGACCUAUGUGGGGAACUAUAAGGAUGUACAAGCAAUAAUAUUUAUCAAGGGCUAGGGGCAAAUGGCAUAAUGUGGCCAUUGGAGCGCAUACACAACCCAGUACCAAUAUAGGCACAAAACUAUGGACUCUCUUUGUUUCUGAUGCACAGUGGGUACCAAUACGGGUGCCAUAUACAGGAGAGGCACAAAACUUUACAUUUUUUGGCCAGUUAUCCCAUGAUUUGUCAAUGAGCCCAACAGGCUUGCAAUGAAAAUACCAUAUUUGAAACAGAAUCCAACUUGCCUAGAUGGUUUCACUGACCAAAAAGUACUGGUGCCAAUAGCAGAGGCCAAAGUGCCCUAAUGAGUCGGAUUAUAACUGGUUUAUGAAGACCCCCAUUCAUAUGCUGCAGUAUGGGGGCCACUGAACAUUCUCCAUGUUUUAAGUACCCGCAGGUGGAUAGACAUAUAUUACUCUGUUUUGGGAAUAUUUACGCACAAUAUGUUAGUAUUGUGACUUAACCUCAUUAAUUUAUCUGCAAUUAAAUUAAUUGUUGCCAUUAUUAUGGUGAAUGUGGAUCCCUCACUAUAAAAGUGCCUUAAUAAACAGUAUCUAACAAUGA